AGGCAUAGCCAGCGCUGCAACUCCCUGGCUGCAGCGCUUGCUGUACACCUGGUCUGCUUGGGGUGUAACGAUUCCAGCGCUGGUGAUGCAGCGCUGCUCAUCAAGUGUGGCCAGCAAACGUGCUGUUAUUGGCCUCCAGGGUAUUAAGAGGUAUCCCAGAAUACCUUUUCAGCCACUCUGCUCAUCGUUUCACACUCCACUGCCCUGGGCUCAGGUGACCCGCCCUUUAAAUGCCCUGGGAAUUUUAAAAAUCCCCUUCCUGUUUGCUCAGCCAGCUGUGGAGUGUAAUCAAUCAAUCAAUCAGUGAACAUGCCUCCAUGCGCCAAACGAGCCCCAGCAUGGAGCACUGGCGAGCUGCUGGACCUCAUCAGUGUUUUUGGUGAGGAAGCUGUGCAGUCACAGCUGUGCCCCAGCCGCAGGAAUUAUGAUACCUAUGAGCAGAUAUCAAGGGCCUUGCUGGAAAGGGGCCAUGAAUGGGACGCGGUGCAGUGCAGGGUUAAAGUAAAGGAGCUGCGGAGUGCCUAUUGCAAAGCCCGUGAGGGAAACUGCCGCUCAGGUGCUGCCUCCACUACCUGCCGUUUUUACAAGGAGCUGGAUGUGAUACUUGGGGGUGACCCCACUGCCAAUCCGAGGACCACGAUGGACAGUUCAGAGCAGGGAGAGGAGGGGGAGGGGGAGGGGGAGGGGACACCCCGGAGUCCCAGGAGGCAUGCAGCCAGGAGCUUUUCUCAAUCCAGGAGGAAGCUAGCCUGUCGCAGCAGCUGGAACUUGUUGGUGAAGAAGAAGCAGAGGAGCGGAUUCCCGUGUCCUUGAAUAGUACCAGUAAUCCACCAUCCCUAUCACAGACUGCUGAAAAGCUACAGAACCUGAGGAGGAAACCAAGAAAAAGUAAAGAAGAUUUGGUGAAAGCAGUUAUGAAUCAGUCUGCCAGAGAGUAAGAGGCUGCAGGACUGGAGAGAAAAAAUUCAGCAGUGGAGGGAAACAGAAAGCAGGAGAAAGGAACUGGCUAAGAAGAAAAGCACAAAGCAGCUGAUAAGCCUCCUGGCGUGCCAAAUGGAGUGUAUGCAGUCACUCAUAGCCAUGCAGGCAGAGCACUACCGUGCUGCCCCUCCCCCCAUCCCAAAGCUCUCUCCCUUGCGCCCCAAUGUCAGCUCAAAAUGUCCUCUUCCAGCAUCCAGGUUCUUACCACCACCAGCUGGCCCCAACGCCUGUACGUUCACCUACCAGCCCUGAGAACUACGACCCUUACCCUCUGCACUCAACCCCCAUCACCAUGCAGCAUUUUCAUCCUGAAGUGCAGCAGUCAUUACACAGCACUCCAGGCAGGACAUAUUCAAACCUCUGACCGUACAGUUCACCACCCUAUCCCCCUGUCCUUUUACUUACUGUCUUUUCAAUAAAUGAUUUCUUGGCUUUUAAAACAGUUUUUAUUAUUG